UCUGCUGAACGUCCGACCGCCCACCAGAGCGAGGACAAAAACAAUCGGCAUCACUCAUACAUAACAGCAUACACAGGAGGAUCCAAACCGCAUUUGACAAUAUCUACCUUCUUUAAAGACACGGACACUAGCGAGGGAGAAAUGGUUUCUCCGGUGACAGUGGUCAAGAGUGAAGGCCCCAAGCUUGUGCCAUUCUUCAAGGCAACCUGUGUAUACUUUGUCCUGUGGCUUCCCACCUCAAGCCCAUCUUGGUUCAGCGCACUGAUAAAAUGUCUGCCCAUCUUCUGCCUGUGGGUGUUUUUACUGGCACAUGGCUUCAGCUUCCUAGGUGCUCACUCCAGUGCCCGCAAGAUCCUGGCUGGCCUCAUAUUUUCUGCUCUGGGUGAUGCCUUUCUCAUCUGGCAGGAGCAGGGCUACUUCAUCCACGGCCUUCUUAUGUUUGCCAUCACCCACAUCCUAUAUUCAUCUGCCUUUGGGAUGAAGCCUCUUAACGUGCUUGCUGGCCUGAUCAUCACUGCUGUGUCCUCUCUGAGCUACAUACUGCUGUACCCCUACCUGUCCGGCCCCUUUACCUACCUGGUGGCCGUCUACAUUGCUCUCAUCGGUUUCAUGGGCUGGAGAGCCGUCGCAGGCCUGCAGCUGGCCAACGACCUGUGGACCUGGACCAAGCUGUCUGCCUGCCUGGGUGCCGUGCUCUUCAUGGUCUCUGACCUGACCAUCGCCGUCAACAAGUUCUGCUUCCCCGUGCCCCAUUCGCGUGCCAUCAUCAUGGCUACCUACUACGCAGCCCAGAUGCUGAUAGCGCUGUCGGCCGUCGAGUGCCAGGACGUGGAGGUGGCCAGGAAGAGAACAUGAGUUACACCAACGUCCGCGGCAAAGGUGGCAGCCAACCCUCCCCCUCCAGCCCUGAGUGAUCAUGGACACAUCUCACUGCCACAUCCCCAAACCCUCAACCCUCGUCACAGCGUGCUGGUGGUCUUACACAACGAUUACCAUGAUGACUGCUCCAGUACAGUCUCCACAAGGCUGUCGCCCUACUACCCCACUAGUAUGGUAUUCUCACACCAGUCUUCAUACCCAGAAGAUACAGUAGUAUUAUCUCCAGCCUCUCCCGACAACAGUCCUACCUGCCUCCUCCCAUCCUAGAAUGGCUGUCUCUCAACCUAGUUAACAAAGAAAGUGUAAUAAUAUUAACCUGCUACACUGCUAGACAGAGUAUUUCUUUAACUGUUAUGUUUUAAUUUAAUGGGAGCAUGUCACUGGGGACCUUCAAGGAGUGUGUGUGUGUGUGUGUGCGCGUGUGUGUGAGAGAGAGAACAAUUGUGUGUGUGUGUGUGUGCAUUUAUGUGUGACUGAUUAACACUCUUACCUCGGUUUCCACACAGUCACCACACUGACUCCCGCCAAACAUGUCUGCUUUAUAGGGUCCAAUAAUAUAAAUUAACAACUUAUUUUUGUCAUCGGUUUUGUUACCUGACACCUUGUUAAGAAGGGAGUGUGCGUGUUUUUGUUUUUGUUUUAACUGACUUGAUCAUAUUUGGCUUUUCGCUCCCUGUUGCUCUGUGUUCCCCUGAAUUAAGGGUGCUAUUCUUAAAGUAAGGAUCAUAUCCACAACUGUUUUAUUAUCUGCAGUACCUUCCAUUUCAUUUCCAACAACCACACUGCCUUUGUUCACUUGGCUCUUUUAUGUCCUCAACAAACCCACAUGCAGUGUCUCUGUGUGAAAGAAUUAGGUUGAAUAACACACACACAGAAAAGAUGACAGAGAUGGAAACAAAAAAAAUAAGGCAAUGAGGAGAAAAGGCGAGGAGGGAGAGUUGUGUGACUGCAACGACGGCAGUGUUUUGUAGUUUUAGUGACUGAACACUUUAGGAGAUUGUUAGAAAAGACUAGGUUUUCUUGUGGAAGCUCGAUCCUUCCUGCUGAGAUUUCACUGACACUGCCCUGCUGUCACAAAGAGAACACAGUAAACACUGUAGUCACAGCAGACCACUGCACACAUUAUAACGCGCUGUUCGGUGCACCUGCUUCUCGCUUUAGUGGGAAGUCUUUCAGGCGUUUCACAGUGUUUUGCCUGCCAGUUUUUUUUUCAGAAAUGUAGGUUGCAAAUGUCAACAUGCUCACACACCUGAUACCUACAACCCCUGCUGGGUUAGUUAUUAGGAAAAAUCCACAGGGAUCUUAUUGUUGGACUGGAUCGGACAACCCAUGCUGUCACUGGCCUGGGUCAUGUUAUGCUGACUGAAAAGAAAGGGCUACGACACUGGCUGGACGGUACAGGCUCUUUUCUAUCUUUUUUCUUUUUUUUUUGUUUAUCACCUGUGUGUGUAUGUGUGUGUGGGCCUCAGAAGGCAUUCAGUCACUCAUAACGACACCCACACAGACGUGCACAUAAACUGCCCAGGGGCAGUCUGACUGAAGAAGAAAAAAUGAGGGAAAUGAGGGAACUGGCUUGUCAUGUGACAGUAAUCCCAUUAUUCCCAAUAAUUCCCUCUCACAGCACACUUCAUCAGCUUUAAUCCUGCAAAAUCCACCACAGCUAAUCCCAGACAAGUUUGCUGAUAUUUUGUCUUUCAUCUAUCACCCACCUCUCAUUUGUUUCACCCUCGGGAAACUUUUUAUGUUUGAUGUCCAACUGAAUAUUGAGAAAGUAUGUUGUAUACUCUUUCUUCAGACAUCUACAUGCAGUGUAUGCAUGGUUUGAUUAUGUGUGCACGUAUCAGUGUGCAUGCGUGUGUGUGUGUGUGUCUGCGUGUUAGCUGUUGUGUGAAAGUCUUUGUGUGUUUGCGUCAAGUCAGAACCAACUCAAGGCCAGAAAUGCAUCAUGGUGCAGUGGACUCACUACUGGAAAUCUUCAACGUAUUCUCACAAAGCUCUUAUACUUUCUCCACACCCUUCAUCUUUUGAGAUUUAUAUCCUCUUCAUUUGUUUUAUGGCAUCAUCUGAAUUAUGUUGAAAAAAUGUUAAGGCUGACUUUAAGGUGGUAUUUCAUUAGUUUAAUUUGACACAUUUCCAUUGGUGCACAUGCCUUCUCUUUGCAAUACCCUUACCUUACCUUGUAUAUGUCACUGGCUCUAUGAUUAAUAGCACCAAAUUGAAUUACUACAAAUGUACACCAGCAAUUGAAAGUAUUAAUGACUAACAAAAACAUAGCAAAUGGACAGGUUCUGUCAUCCGUGAUUUACUUGCUGUGCUCUAUAUGAAACAAAGGGGCAUGGAAAAGGAAACAGACCCGUGUUAUGUGUUCCCUCUGCUGGGUCAGUGACCCCUGGAGCUGUCUUUGACACGCCUGCAUACGCACAAAAACAUCCACACACGCACAUCAAAAAUGUGUUUAUGCAUCACAAUCAGCCACCAUGACAGGUCUGCAGGCAGACCAUGGUGUUGACACUCAUCAAGGUUUCUUAAACAUUAACAGCAGCACACAGUCUUAAGUCUGACCAAGAAACACACUCAGCCCGGGCGUCUGUUCCUGUCUGCUGCUUUGCCAGACAGUUUCUCAAUCACCUUUCGGCCUCUUGUCAGCAGCAUAUUUCUGCUUUGUCAGUCUUAAGUGUUUCAUCAGUGCAACUGUGUGACCACUUGUCUUCUGUUCCAUGUUUUAAUUUGUCCUCCCAGCAUUUUUGCCAUUCUGUACUCUCCCUCUCCUCAUCUCAUCCACCUCACUAGCAAAACAUUUUCUGUAAAAUUAGUAGAAGCUUCUGUGCUGAAAGACAUCCACAGAGGCUCAUGAGCAGACAUGCAUUUGUCUGCUUACGCUGUCUUAAAUCAGGGUUUAGGGGAGUAUAAGGAGAGAUGCUGGGCAGCAUGACCGACUCUAGUGUGAAGUAAAACCACCUGAGAGUUGUGAUUCAAUCAAACGGUCUUAGUCGUCUUUACUAUAUGGGCAAUUUAUGCAAGCUCUACUUUCUUUGUUUUCUGCCACAUAAAGCCUCCUGACUGUUUCCCCUACAGUCCUAAUGGCUACAUGCAAGUAUUUCUGAGAUUAUUCUUGUUGGCUCACCCACAUUUUGGAAAAUCUCCACGAAUUUGGAAGCCUGUAAAUCAAGAAAUAAACUCAAAUACCAUAUUUAGUAAGUUAGGAGUUAUCAUGCCCAUUGGGAGGAUUUAAUUUAAAAUAUUCAUUCUGUUUCUCCUCUAUUGUUUCUAUUUUUACUUGAGCUAAGCACAGGUAACCAAAACUAAGAGCAUAAUAGAAAACUGAACUCAAUUUCACUGAGUGGAACUUGUUAGCAUUAUUGCCCUCUCAUGUAUCAAACAACCUUUUGUUCUGUAGGAGAAAGAGACCCCCUUCGCUGGUGCUGGAGUGCAUUUGGCAUUCCACUUAGGAAGGAGGUUAUUGUUCGGCGAUACUGUAGCUAGAAUUAGGUGAGGAGGUGAAAUAUGACACACAGGGGAAGAAUCCCUUUACAUCCUGCCUGUUAGCUGUCAUCCUGCCCCCCCCCCUUACAGAUGGCAGGCCAGCAGGCGCAUCACUUUACCUCAGCCUGUCAACAACCCUGUUGUUCUGAGCUUUGUGCAUGCAGACAAAAGGGACCUGGGGGAGCUGUGGGAGGCCAGUAUAGUUCAGCCUGUGCUGUGAGACAUGAGCUGGAACCAGUAGCUGUUGUAGUAAAGAGGGCCCAUGGAUUCACUCGCACCUCUGAAUAAGUUGGCACCUUUUUCUCUUUUAAAGUUUUCUCUCUCUUUCUCUACCAGACCACAAGAUUCAGAACACAGUUUGUGUAUCCAUGUUAGCUCUCAUCUACAGUGAUGGAAAAGUACACAGUACAGAACUGACAGUCCUCCAACGUCAGUGUGAGCCUGUGAGAAGUAUGUGCAAAUAAUCCUCAAUCUUUGUAAUAAUUAUCUGAAUCUGUUGUGUGCAGCACUUUUCUGUACCCAAGGCCAGUCAGUCUCUCUGUUAAACUGUCAGCUGUAGUGUUUAAAAUGAGAGGAUUGUUGUGUACUGUAUUAUUCAAAGUAUAUUCUCUCUUUUACUUUACUCUUUGUAUUUCUUUUUUGAAAAGAGGAAAAAGAAGUCUAUGUUUUGAUGCUGAUGAUUUAAGCACAAGAAAGUAAAGCAUCAGCAGUGUGAGACGAAAGCAUUUUUUUUAAACAGGCAUGAAUUGCUCUUGAAGUGUUAGAAACCUUUGUGUAUAAAUCAUUUGAAGAGUGUUAUCCUUUUAUUUGCAGAAAAGCAGCCCUAAAGUUUUUGUUUGUUUGUUUGUUUGUUUUAUUUUUGUUUUUUGUUUUUUUUUCUUUUGGUCUGUUUUGCCUGUGGGAAAAGCUGUUUUUGUUUUCCACAAAUAACUUUUUCAUUCUGAUUAAUGGCCCAUUACAGUGCAUCUUUUGACUUGAUUUUAUGAACAAAUGUUGUUACUCUCUUAUUUUUAUUCUAUUAUAUACUUUACCUUGUUGUCCUUGAUUUUCACUUAUUGAUUCAUUUUUUCAUGACUUUAGAGAUGAAAUAGUUUCUUUGUUGUAGUGAAACUGCUAUGAAUGUGAAUAUCUAGUGGAGAAAUAAAUGCAAAUACAAUGCAACUUCAACAACACA